AUGUUUCGGAAAUCACUUUGAAGUGAUUCCAAGCAAUACUGAUCCCUCAAGGAACUUAUUUCCCUCCUACCCUACUUUUAUUUUUAUACAUAGUUUCCUGUAUUGUACCUUUUCUAACCUUGGCUUCUUAACCUUCGACAGCCUUUCGCCUUUGUCGAGAUUCCCAGCCUAUCCGUGUCGUUUCGAGAUGUUAGUGAGUAGUCCUCAAAAUGGUUGUUCCCAAUGUGACAUCUAACACGGAUAUCCUGAAACCGCAUGCUGCGUUGAAGCUGGCUACCUACAAUGUUCGGACGCUGAUGCAAAUCGGACAACAGGCAGGGCUGGCAAGAACUUUGGAAAGCCCCGCUAUCGAUGUCUGCUGCGUUUCGGAGACCCGCAUUCAAGAUCCCAGUCAAGUGCUUCGACUAUCCUCUCCAUCUGGAAGUUCUAGUAGUAUGUACCACCUGCGCUUAUCCGGGGACCCUGUGGCGUCGGCAUCCGGCGUAGCUGGUGUCGGUGUCGCACUGAGCGCUAGAGCCGAAGCUGCACUGCUCGACUGGAUUCCCAUUAACAGUCGUUUAUGUGCUGUGAGGCUGGAAGGUUAUACGAAAGUAAAGAGUAGUAGGCCAGAUAGGCGGUGUCUAUUUGUUGUCUCUGCCUAUGCACCGACGGAUUGCAGCCCGAAUGCAAUGAAGGAUGAGUUUUACUACCAACUGAGCGAUCUCUUGAAACAGGCGGGUCGUAGGGAUAUCGUAGUGCUGGCUGAGGACUGGAAUGCACAGGUGGGGCGUCUAAGCUCAGAGGAGAAUCGUCUAGGUGGUCAGUGGGGACUACAUGGUCGCAGGUCAGAUAAUGGGGACCGUCUUCUGCAGCUUUGAGCGGAUCACAACCUAUUUCUAGCUAGCACCAACUUCCGGCACAGCCAUCGCCGUAGCGCUACCUGGCGUCCUCCCUCUGCGAAGCAAGCUUGGACUCAGAUUGAUCAUAUCGCGGUCAGUUUCCGGUGGCGAGGAUGCAUACAAGACUGUCGCUCCUUCUGGAGCACAUGCCUGGACUCCGAUCAUGCGUUAGUGUGUGCCAAGUUCGUCUUGCGAUUUGGUGGGGUUCGUAAAAGCCGUCGUCUAAGCGUUGAUGUGAGCAAACUAGUAGCACCUGCUACUUCUUUGAAAUAUCAGAAUGAGUUAAAAACAAUGCUUGGCAGCAACCCCCCAAGUAGUAUAGAUGAACAUUGGCUUCAUGUGCAAGGUGCCAUGCAAAAGGCGAGUGUAGCCGCUUGCGGCUUGAAAGAAUGCUCCGCUAACAACCACUGGGUUUCUGCGAGUUCCUUGCAACUCAUGGAUGAACGCCGGUCCAUUCCGGCUGGUAGCGAAUACAACAAUCAGCGAAAGGCGCUCACGCGCAAGAUUAGACAGUGUUUACGUAAGGACCGCGAAGCCUGGUGGUCAGAACGUGCGUGUGAGAUGGAGUCAGCUGCUGCAUCUGGCAACAGUCGGAAGCUGUUCCAACUCAUACGAGCCACCGGCAGCAAGAAACAAGGUGUCAGCGACACGGUCUGUGAGGCAGAUGGCACUCCAAUUACCAGCCUGAAAAGACGCCUGGAACGCUGGGCAGAGCACUUCGGGAAGCAGUUCAGCUGGCCACCAGCUUCAGUGUCUAUUAUCAUUAGCCCGAGUGCUCCUUGGUCGGUUAGUACCGACCCACCCACCGAAGCGGAGGUCCGUAAGGAACUCCAAGUUCUGAAACGCCAUAAGGCGCCCGGCCCAGACAAAUUACCCCCGGAUCUUUUUAAAGAUGGUGGCGAGACUCUCACAAUGGCUCUAACUGGGUUGUUCAGGAAGGUGUGGGAGACAGAGAGUAUACCAUCAAUGUGGAACGAAGCCAUUAUCGUCCCCAUCUUUAAAAAGGGUCGACGUAAUUCGUGUGACAAUCAUAGGGGUAUCAGUCUGUUACCAGUCGCGUCUAAAAUUUUGGCUGCUAUCUUGCUUCGCAGACUGUGCAAAAUACGUGAAGGAUUGAUUCGCGAAGAGCAGGCUGGGUUUCGUUCAGGUCGUGGAUGCAUUGAUCAUGUGUUCACCCUUCGUCAGUUGUUGGAACACCGCCACACGUAUUGCAGGCCAACGAUCGUUGUGUUUCUUGAUAUUAGGGCUGCCUUCGAUUCGUUGGACAGAACUGUGCUCUGGAACUGUCUGUUAGAGAGAGGUGUACCUGAGAAAUUUGUUAACAUCCUGAAAGCCCUAUACAGAAACACCUCAGGUAGAGUUAGGGCAUACAACCAACUAUCACCACUGUUCCCAACCAACAGUGGGGUCAGACAAGGUUGUCCAAUCUCUCCAUUUCUCUUUAACUUUGCCAUCGAUGACAUUCUGGAGUCAGCUCUGAAGGAUGUGCGUGAAGGUGGUGUAGAUCUGCUACCUGGAGAUAGACUUUUCGACCUCGAGUAUGCAGACGAUAUCGUCUUACUGUGCGAUAGCAUGCAGGCUGCCCAAAUCGCACUUAAUCAGGUGGCGAUCAGUGUCUGUAAGUAUGGUAUGUGCUUUGCGCCGUCUAAGUGCAAAGUAGAAAAAAAAAAAAAAAAAAAACCUGUACCUGCACUCACUCUUGCGGGUGAACCGCUUGAAGUUGUUGAUAAGUUUGUGUACCUGGGUAGUUGUGUGAGUGCUGGCGGAGGGGUGAUGGAUGAGAUUUCCAACCGUAUAAUGAAGGCUAGGGUGGCAUACAUCAACUUGAGCCACCUAUGGCGCCGUCGCGACGUUAGCCUGGCUAUCAAAGGUCGGGUAUACAAUGCUUCGGUGCGGGCUGCGCUGCUCUACGCCUGUGAAACCUGGCCUCUCCGAGCUGAGGAUGUGCGGCGACUCUGCGUGUUCGAUCACCGCUGUCUCCGCAGGAUUGCUUGCGUUCGAUGGCAUCAUCGCGCGAGUAAUUCUGAGGUUCGGCGGCGUGUGUUUGAACACAGUGGAGAUCACCAUUCAUUGAAUGUCGUCAUCUGGAAACACCGGCUCCGGUGGCUUGGACAUGUGCUCCGAAUGUCACCCCAGAGGCUUCCGUACAGGUCUCUGUUCGCUAGCCCUGGGACGGGAUGGAAAAGGCGGAGAGGUGGUCAGUCCAUGACGUGGCGUCGUGGGAUGAAGGAUUUUUGUGCUAGAUUAGCAUCGGUUGGUGUGUCACGACUCCCUGGUUGGGGUCCGAGAGAUAGCUCAAAUCGAUGGCUCGAAACGUUAUCGGAUAUGGCCAAGAAUCGUAAUCAGUGGCGAAUGUGUUACGAUUUCCUUCUUUCUUCCCUUCCCGAUGAUAGCUAACGAACACUCUUUGAACUUGUUAAGCAUGACUGUUUU